UCAGGUUCAUUUAUCAAUAUGUAAAGCUGAGAAGAUUAAGGACUUACAGUGUUUACCUUCACUUGACUUGACAAAUGGAAAAAUUAGGGUUCAAACAAACAAAGUUGAAGAAUCUAUUUAAUGUCAUAGGUUCAGCGAGUCAGUCUCAACUGGGAAGUCAGACCAUAAAGCUCUGACCUGAUCAUCUAAGCAUACUCAUCACAGUGUAGAUAAAUAACUGAACUUUGUUCUAGUCAUAGGUCACUAGACACAACCUUUUCUUGCAGAGGUCUUAUAAUGCUUUUUCAGCAAGCUUCCCUUCCAAACCUGCUUCUUUACAUCACCUUUUCUUCAAAACAAACAAAAAAACAAAAAUUCUUCUUCUAAAAAAGCAAAAUAGUGUGGAACUAGGAAUAUUAAGUAAAAACCCAAUACAGAUACCGUUUUGAAGAAGUCCUCUUAUUUUCCUUCAGUUGCCGAUUUAAACUACACCAGAGGAGAAGGGAUGCCGGGGCAUAUUUAACUGGUAUUUGUUUCUUUUCCCAAGGUCCCCUAGUUGCUGUUAUUUGUGACUUAACUGGAGAGAAAACUGCCUCCAGUCUUGGGGCUUUCCUUGUUGCUGGUGGAUAUCUGAUCAGCAGCUGGGCUACAAGCAUUCCCUUUCUUUGUGUGACUAUGGGAUUUUUACCUGGUGAGUCCACUGUUUAAAAAAAAAAAAAAAAAUGGAACCAGAACACUUUCCUUUUACUGUGAGUUCAAAAGGCCUACUUAUCUCAGCCAGUACCAAGCCACUUAAUGUGAAAGUGAUUCCUAGCUAUUCUGUUUUUCUUUUAGGUUUGGGCUCUGCUUUCUUGUACCAAGUCGCUGCUGUGGUCACUACCAAAUACUUCAAAAAACGAUUAGCUCUUUCUACAGCUAUUGCCCGUUCAGGGAUGGGACUGACAUUUCUGUUAGCACCCUUUACGAAAGUCCUGAUAGAUCUGUAUGACUGGACAGGUGCCCUUAUAUUACUUGGAGCUAUCACAUUGCAUCUGGUUCCUUCUAGUAUGCUCUUGCGACCCAUUCAUACCAAAAGCAAGAGCAGUUCUGAUAUUAAAGAUGAAAGUAGUUUGUCUCCAAGUGGUCCAGAGGCAGCAUGUAGAACAGAAACAUCAUGCUGCAAUGAGAUACAAGAGUUGGCCAUCAGGGACAGUAUUACACAGAAGGAAGGACAACAAGGUAUAAGUUUAACUGUCUCACAAAAUCAAAGCAAAGAGUUCAACAAUGAAUGCAACAGAAAUGAACUCUUCCGAAAAUUUAAGGAAGAAACUUAUCGGAAAAAGACUACUUCACGGAGCUGUAAACAAAAACUCUUUGACUUUUCUCUCUUUAAGAAUCCUUUUUUCUACAUAUUUACGUGGUCUUUUCUUCUCAGUCAGCUGGCAUAUUUCAUCCCUACCUUUCACCUGGUAGCCAGAGCCAAAACACUGGGGAUAAACAUCAUGGAUGCCUCCUAUCUUGUUUCUGUAGCUGGUAUCAUUGAGACAGUCAGUCAGAUUAUCUCUGGAUGGGUUGCUGAUCAAAACUGGAUCAAGAAGUAUCAUUACCACAAGUCUUACCUCAUCCUCUGUGGCAUCACUAACCUGCUUGCUCCUUUAGCCACCACAUUUCCACUACUCAUGACCUACACCAUCUCCUUUGCUGUCUUCUCCGGUGGUUACCUGGCACUGAUACUUCCUGUGCUGGUUGAUCUGUCUGGGAAUUCUACAGUACACAGCUUUUUGGGACUUGCAAGUUUCUUUGCUGGGAUGGCUGUCCUUUCUGGACCACCUUUAGCAGGCUGGUUAUACGAUUAUACCCAGACAUACACCGGCUCCUUCUACUUCUCGGGCACAUGCUAUCUCCUCUCUUCAGUUUCCCUUUUCUUCGUACCAUUGGCUGAAAGACGGAAAAACAGACUGAUGACAAAAAGAGAAGACUGCAGUUAA